AAAGAUGGUCACUGGAAACAACCGAGAAAAAUCUCUUUAAAUAUUAUAUAAUCAAGAGGUGUUGGCAAUUAUGGUAAUCGUAGCAACUAGUGAUACUUCUAUAGAACUUUACUGAUUUUGUUGGUGAUCGGCAAUCAGUCUAGAGUACACAUCCUAGUUGGACCAAAGGAGGGGAAGAGGCAUGGAUCCAGGGAUGGUUUCGGCGGCAAUCCAGGCAGAGAUGGCAAACAUAGCGGCACGUCCGUUUUGCAAUUCGACAGUUCGGCGACGGUCAUCAACAUUGAUCUGAAGAGGGUUCCAUCCCAAAUCACCGGUCAAACCUCCAGGCUGAAGACCGGGUGCGACGGUUUCGUCAUACGCGAGCUUACCACCAGAGUGGGUCAAUUCGUAGAUUUCGAGGAUUGUGCAGAAAGCAAACAUUUGUCCCCAAGAUUCCGCAGGAAGAGAUUUCAUGGCAUCGACCGGGUUCAUCGCGGCAAGAUCGGCGAAUUUGAUGUCCUUCGUGACGGAAAGGUAUUCGUGUGGGGAAAUCUUGUCGAAUGUCAAUCCGAGUUUGUGGAAGGCGUAUCCAACGGUGGCGAUCAUGGCAGAUCGACCGUGCUUGAGCUCGGCAGCUCGGAUGAACUUUCCGGUCUCAGCAGAUCCCCACUUCAUGGUGAGAAGGUCCCAUUCAGUCUCUCCAAGGAAGAAUGACUUUCCGCCGAGGAAGGGUGACUCACCAACGAGAGGAACCUUUUGGUUGACGACGGGGGCAGGGGCGGCGGCUUCUUCUUCAACAGGAGCCUCUUCAACUUCGGCUUCGGCUUCGGCCUCUUCGCUCAUGCGCAAAGCAUUGUGACGGAAGUUGUGGGUGCUGGGGGCAAAUGCCGAGGCACCAGCGGCAAGGGCGAGGAGCGAUAGGGCGAACUUCAUGGU